UGUACUUUGCUACUUUACGAAAUAAACCGAAAAGUACCGUAAAUACCCACUACUUCUGUACUGAUGAGGAACUGGUCUAUGAAAAUUUCUAUGGAGAUUUUGGACCUUUAAAUUUGGCAAUGUUAUACAGAUACUGCUGUAAACUAAAUAAGAAAUUAAAGUAUUUCAGUCUAUCAAGAAAGAAGAUAGUGUACUACACCAGUUUUGACCAGCGAAAACGAGCAAAUGCGGCGUUUUUAAUAGGUGCAUAUGCUGUAAUAUACUUGAAGAAAACUCCAGAAGAAGCUUACAGAACACUUCUGUCUGGAUCUAAUCCACCAUAUCUUCCAUUUAGGGAUGCUUCAUUUGGGAACUGCACGUACAAUCUUACGAUCUUGGACUGUUUACAGGGAAUAAAUAAGGCCUUGCAGCAUGGAUUUUUUGACUUUAAGACAUUUGAUGUGGAUGAAUAUGAACACUAUGAGCGAGUGGAAAAUGGUGAUUUCAACUGGAUUGUUCCAGGAAAAUUUUUGGCAUUUAGUGGACCACACCCAAAAAGCAAACUUGAAAAUGGUUAUCCUCUUCAUGCACCUGAAGCCUACUUUCCCUAUUUCAAGAAACAUAAUGUCACAUCAAUCAUAAGACUAAACAAAAAAAUUUAUGAGGCAAAACGCUUUACUGAUGCUGGUUUUGAGCAGUAUGACCUGUUCUUCAUAGAUGGAAGCACACCAAGCGACAGUAUUGUUCAGAGGUUCUUGAACAUCUGUGAAAAUGCUGACGGUGCUAUUGCUGUACAUUGUAAAGCUGGCCUGGGGAGAACAGGAACACUAAUUGCCUGUUACAUAAUGAAACACUACAAGUUCACUCAUGCUGAAGCCAUUGCUUGGAUAAGAAUAUGUCGACCAGGCUCUAUUAUAGGACCCCAGCAACACUUCUUGGAAGAGAAGCAAGCAAUGUUAUGGCUGGAGGGAGAUCUCAUCCGAUCAAAGCAGAAACGACGAGUAGUUGAUGGAAAUAUUAACAGAGUUCUUUGUGGUUUGAAUGACAUUUCAAUCAGUGACAGCUUGAAUAAAGUACAAGACUUGGAUCAAUACAGGGAGAAUGAUUUUGAAGACAAAGCAGGUGUGGAAACUCAGAAUGGCAUGACGCAGGGAGAUAAGCUUAAUGCCUUAAAAAGUCGGAGACGGCUAUGUUCUGCUACAACUGGAGCUCUGAGGGUGCAAGACAUGAAACUGCACACCAGGUCAAUAUCACAACCUUUCAGACUGAAUAAUUCAGGUAGCACAGAAGGAUCCAUGUCACCUCUGAAGGCCUCCAAAGUGAUGGCAGUUAAUUCACCAUCUGCAGAAAGAAUAAGCAGAAUUCCCACAUCCUCAGGCUCUAACCUUAAAAGCGUUUCCAUAAACUCCAGACUAGCCAGUUCUCUAGGGAACCUGUAUGCUGCUUCAGAUGAUGAUGAGAGCAAAAUGACAUCAUCGUCCUCUAGGACAGGUUUUUCUGUAAGCCAAAUCUCCAGCCACUUGAAUGGCAGCUUGCAGCUGCCUGACAGAAAUAACCAUGAACUGAACAACAACUUAUACAACAGAAACAGCAGUAGUGGCAACAACCUGAGCAGCCAAACCAGUUUUCACAGCGCCGUGACAGAUGAGUACGCAUCAACCUUCCUUUAUGGGCCUUACAACUCCUCCAGCACGAUACCAGAGUCAAUCAAUUCCUUCCCUUCAGUCUGAGUAUGUUCAGUACUAAAGCCUUGCUGCUUUGGUGAAACCUGUUGAGCUCUUAAAAUUGAAGUCCUUGAUGAGGGAGAAGAACUUAAGGAAGGAAGCUGCUCGCUCAGAAGAGGAAUCUUCAAUACAAGACAUAUUAAAACCUUAACACCAAGAGGAGACUUCUUAACAGGCAGAAAUUUUUUGUUAAUGACUACUGCAGAUGCACUGAUGUUAAAUUUAUGGAAAUUAUUUUACCCCAUGUUAUAUACAGAUUUAAAUUUUUAAUGUUGAGACAGCUUGAAUAUAUUUCUAAUGAGUUUCAUUAAGACAUUUAUUAACUUGUGUACAGUGUUAAAAUAUGUAUUAAGAGAAUAUUUUGUUAAGCUAUAUAUAUAAAAAUAUGUAAAAAUUAGAAUAUAUUUUAAUUUAGUAUUGUUCACUUCUUUGCUACAAAAAUGUGUAUUUUAAAGAAUUUUUACGUGUUUAUCAAAGAUGAAAUUUUUUUUUAUGAACAAGAUGUUUUUCUUGUUUUAUGGGUCCAUCAUUAUUGCUAAAAGCCUAAUGUAAUUACUUUUUCACUAAUUGGUCUUCUGGUAACUUAAUGGAAGUCUAACUAGUGAGAGACUAGUUA